CUUUAUUGCAGCAGGCGGGGACUUGGGAGGAAGAGAAGAGAGAAGCAGAGGCAGAAGAACCUGGCUGGCAUAAACAGAUUAUAUUACAACAUUGACAGAAGAGAUAGAUUACACUGCUGCUGAAAUUUUUGGGUUAGUUUUUUAGAGGUUAUUUGGAAAAUGUUCUAUUCUGUUGAUGACGAAGAUCGAAAGCUAUAUUUGAUGAUGCUCUAAAUUAUGAGUAAUUACUACAAACGUCACCAUGGGCCAGCUAUUGUCAUCAGAAGAAGAGUAUUCUCAAGUGAAGGAUGCGAUUGGUUCCGUCCUCUACAAUGCCAUGUUGGAAGCCGGUGCUGUACCUGACCUUGGAGUGGUCCAUCCUCUCCUCCUGGCCAAUCACAAUCAGAGUUCUGACUCUCGCACCCGCCUCCAGGAACAACUGCAACAGCUGCAGGGCGACAUUGGGAACCGGGCGCCUGCCUACCUGAAAGAUCUGAUUGGGCGACUGACAACCUUCUCAGAUGAGCCACGUCUGGCUGGCUUGGUAGGAUUAGUGGUUACCUUGGUGAUGGAUAUGGCUUACUCAUCAUCAAGACGGUCAUUGGGGGUGAAAGGGAAGUCGGCGACUUUGUCAUCUUGUCAGGAGAGAGUCGGGGGGGUCCAGGAGGUGAUGGAGGAGUACCUGAAACGCUGUAGAAUCAACUUGAGUAACAAGAAGAGACUGUUUGAGGACUCUGUCAGACUUGAGGGCCAGCUCAGCCUCACCCUCACUCAGCUGAAGACGUGUAUGCUGAGGGGAGACUGUGACUCCAGGUCUCUGAGGCACUGGGCCAGUGGAGCAGUGUUUCACAUCCAGCUGUUGGUUCACCUCUCUGCCCUUGAAGGUCUGAAUGAGCCCCUGGUUGCAAGGGAAGCACUGGAACAAUACAAGGAUGACCUUACAGAGAUUAUACCAGCUUACAGGCGACAUAAGUCUAACACGGUGUGUGUCAUGAAAUGCCGUGGUGGUCUUCCAGCAUCAUGUGACCCUGGCGAGGUGCCAGAGGAGGGAUCCGUGACGGGACUCACUGUGACGGACAGCGAGACAGGAAAGAGUGUGACCCUUCCUUUGAACGCCGUGGAGACGGAGACAGGGAGAAGAAGGAGAGUCUCUGGUCCUGGUAACACUGUGAUGCCCUCCUCCAUUAACCUGGACCUGAUCACCUCAGAUCAGUACACGCAGGCAUAUUUGGAUUAUCUGUUCUCUGAUAGGGGACCUGUGGCAGAGCUGGAGAGCUACUUCAAUAAGACCAAGGACAAUCUGCAAACAUUAACUCAACCAGGAUGUGCAGAAGAGACAGGAGUGAGAGAGCAGAGAGAUGGAGAGCAGGCACAGGGAAUACAUGCAAAAGAGCAAAGAGAAGACGGGGCCAAAGGUGAUAAACAGGACGGAAUGGAAGCAAGCGGAGGACAAGAAGAGACAGAAGAAUCCAUUCAAAGAGAUGAGAGUCUGAAACUGAGUAUCACAGAGACAAAGCCAGAGAAAAGCCUCCAUCACGGUGCAUCAACUACAUAAAAGCAACAAACAAAUGGCAGCAAAAUCAAAAUGUCAGCUCUCCUCCCAGGAGAGUUAAAAAGUGGAACCCUGGGAGGAAGAACGGAGAAUGUGGGAUUCAAAUCAAGAAAUUUCUUUCUGCGAGGCAUCCGUGCCACCACAGAGUCACUGUCCCUCCGUGAGCCAAAUAUUUCUAAAUAAAAACAAGUGUUUCAUCAGUACAUUAGUCUCUCUCAAUAUCGUAAAGUCUGUUAAUGCUAAUGAAUUGCAUAUUUAAAGAGUUAAAACAUUUCUUGUGUAUUUUCUGAAUACCAAAUACUUUACUGCACUCUGGCAGGGCUCCCUUUAUAAAUGAAUAUGAAAUCUCAAGAACAAAAGUACAGCAAUUAGUCAAAAAAACAAAAUGAUCAUGCUAUCAUGCAAUAGUUGGUGUAAAAUAACAGUACACCAAUAAAUAAAUACUAAGAUAUUAGGACUUUAACAAGUGACACAAUGUAGGAUUUCAACCUUCAAAUAAUCUCUUAUUUACAACAAGGUAAAUGGCACCUCUGUCAAAGCCUGAGCAGAUCUGUAUCGACUGCUUUGACACUAUGGAGUUUCUGCAUUUGGAUCCAUGCCACAAAAACAAAUACAAAAUUAUUCCUUCCUUUACGGCAUACAUCACAGCCCCAGCAAAUAAUUCCUUUUGCAUAUAGAGUGUGUCACUCAAAUAUCCUAAAAACACUUCAAAAAUGAAUGUAAAGACCCAAAUGUAGAGGGACACAGGGUGAAAACAUCCAACUCACCACAGCCUCUGACAGGGAUGGAUGAGUGCAAAUAAAAAUGCUUUUCUCAAGAGACAUUUCCUUUGAAACCAGUAUUUGAUGAUGUGAAUUAGGUCUGAAGUCACAGUGUAACCAUGGUAAAACACAUUACUAUGGUAACGAAUCGCUGCAGAAUAACAUGUCUCUAAUGUUUUGGGCCUGUACUCAAGAGUCGGUGCAGCUUUGUAAAUGUGAUAAUAAGAAAUAAUAAGUUGUUAUUCAUGUAAUAGUUAUAAUAAUAUAAUUACCCAAGGGUGCUUCGCAGAAUUGAGAACUCACUCUCUUUUUGUUUUCCGUACCCACGUGGAAAUGUCACAAACCUCCACAACCUGUUCUUCACCUGAACAUUUUACCUCCCAUGUACAUGAAAAAUAGGACAUUUUGAGUGACACUCACAAGAGAGAUAGCACUUUCUGUUGAGUGUUUCUCACACAGAAAGGUUGAAAAGAUGCUUUUCUCUCUCGGUAUGAAGGUGUACAGUGCAGCAGGUGGGCGAGCAGCACAGGAAGGAGCUCUUUAAUAGCGUCGUUGGCAGCACUGUGUGAAUGUCAACCCGGUGUGUGUGUGUGUGUGUGGAUUUCUGUGUGCGGGUGUUUUGUGGAAAAGAGUCAGACUCCCUGUGUGUGCACAUGGUUGUCAGUAUGUCUUGAUUAGAGAAGGAUUCCAAGCAUGUUUAACAUAUUGUGUUUCUCAGUGUGAAUUAAAAGUGGAGAGUGGAGUGCAUGUGUGCAUGUGCAUAAAUUGGAAAGUGUGUGAGUUCCUUCGAGAACGAGAGAUUACAGAGAUUAGAGUACAGGAAGAAAGACAGAGUGGUACAAGGGGUCGAGGCUGAUCCACUUACUGCCUC